UUCCGGUAGCGCAUGCAUUUUUCAUGUCUCUUUCGGAAAGAUGGCUUCUUCACUGCUGAAGGUCACUGGUGGUGUUGCGAGGAUUCUAAAUUCAUCCUCUAAAACUCCAUUUGCAGCUGCACUGUACAACCGAAGAUGGAGGUCUGCCAAGGCUGUCUCAUACGAGCAGGCUGUGCUGAACAUGCCGGAAACUCGUGUGACUACCCUGAGUAAUGGCGUCAGAGUUGCCACUGAGGACUCUGGUAUCAUCACUAGCACGGUUGGACUUUGGAUUGAUGCUGGAAGCAGGUACGAAGAUCCCUCCAACAAUGGCGUGGCUCACUUCCUUGAGCACAUGGCUUUCAAGGGUACCAAGAAGCGAAGUCAGACUGACUUGGAGUUGGAGAUUGAAAAUAUGGGUGCUCAUUUGAACGCUUAUACAUCCAGGGAGCAAACUGUUUACUACGCCAAGUGUUUCCAGAAGGACUUGCCAAAAGCUGUUGAGAUUCUUGCAGACAUCACCCAGAACAGUCUGUUGGGUGACCAGGAGAUUGAGAGAGAGAGGGGUGUAAUUCUCCGGGAAAUGCAAGAAAUUGAGACUAACCUUCAGGAGGUUGUGUUUGAUCAUCUCCACGCCAUAGCAUACCAGGGAACCGCACUGGGCCAGACCAUCCUGGGACCCACUGAGAACAUCCAGUCCAUCAGCCGCAAUGACCUUGUUGAGUACAUCAACACCCACUACAAGGGACCUCGCAUUGUGCUGGCUGCUGGGGGAGGUGUGAACCACGAGGAGCUGUGCAAACUUGCAGAGCAGUACUUUGGUGGGAUGACUGCAGGCUAUGAGGGAGAGAUCCCUGUGUUGCCCCAGUGCAGGUUCACUGGCAGUGAGCUGAGGAUUCGUGAUGACCUGAUGCCUUUGGCUCAUGUUGCCAUGGCUGUGGAGGGCUGUGGCUGGCAGAACCCAGACAACCUGGCGCUGAUGGUGGCCAACACGAUCAUCGGCAGCUGGGACCGCUCGCACGGUGGUGGCACCAACCUGGCCAGUGAGCUGGCCCAGAACGCUGUCAAGUUCAACCUGGCAAACAGCUUCCAGUCAUUCAAUACCUGCUACACCGACACUGGAUUGUGGGGCAUCUACUUUGUCUGUGACAGAAUGAUGGUAGAUGAGAUGGUCUUCAAUGUGCAAACAGAAUGGAUGCGUCUGUGUGGCGGUGUGCGCGAGUCCGAAGUGGAGAGGGCAAAGAACCUGCUCAUGACAAACAUGCUUCUGCAGUUGGACGGCUCCACCCCCAUCUGUGAGGACAUUGGAAGACAAAUGCUGUGCUAUGGAAGGAGAAUACCCAUUGAUGAAUUGGAAAGAAGAAUCAAUGCCAUCAGCGCUGACACUGUGAAGGAGGUUUGCAUGAAGUACAUCUACGACCAGUGCCCAGCCGUGGUCGGAGUCGGCCCAGUGGAAGCUUUGACAGACUACAACAGACUGAGAGCCGGCAUGUACCAGCUCAGGACAUAAGGAUGCACAUGUGUUAGUUCGGAAAUCUAAUAAUAGACAAUAAAUUGUGGGGAGUGUUUCUGUCGUAGACGCAGUCCUCCGUGAUGUACAUUGGAUAAAGAGGUGUCUAUUGUGUGGUGCACAGCUAGUGGAAAAGAAAAAAAAACUACUGCCAUUUCUGAAGAAGAGACUGAGUUGAUGAGACUAAGUAAGAAAUCAUAUACCAGCAAUUUCUUUUUUUGUAUGAUGAUGAUUAUAGACAAUGAGUAUUCAGUGAUACUUGGGGAGUCAGUUUCGACUGACAUAAGCUUCAGACGGGAAUCUGCAUCUGUUGGCUGUUUUGACCAGAAGUGGCAGUGCGUAGUAGUAUCUGGUAUGUUUGUUGAAAUUGAGAAGCCAGUUUGUUUGACAAGUUGUCUGAAUGAUGUGAAUGUUCCAUUAAACUUAUUUUGUACAGUGAAA